AUGGAUGAGCCUAGUUCUUCGACAAAUUUCCAACCCGGCGAUUUGUUAUGGGCUAAAAUGAAAGGAUUUCCACCGUGGCCGGCAAAGGUUUUGGAAAUGACUGUGGAGACGCCGGCGAGAAGAAUUCCUGUCAUGUUUUUCGGAACACUGGAAACAUCAUUCAUGAAACCAGCGGAUUUGAGCGAUUAUAUGUCAUUUCGAAAAGAAUAUGAGAUUGCGAGAAAGCAGAAAGAUUUUAACAAAGCGGUGCGGGAAAUUCGUCGAGCUGCUGGAUUAUCUUCCGAACAAGAUGAAUCUGCGUUUCCUGUUUCAAAUUCAAAAAGUCCACCAUCUUCACCAAGAGCAUCUUCUUCAGUUAUGAUUAAUACAGAAUCAAAAAGGAAACGCUCGAAUAGUGCGUCAACAAAAUCGCGAUCGCGAGCAAGUAGCACUGCUUCAGUUUAUCGAACAAUGAAAGAUUUAUUCAAAAAAGAUCGAAGAAGACUUGACAGUGAAUCAUCUCACGGUUCAAAGCGAAAAAUGAUAAGUGGAAUGGGUGCUGGACAAGGAUCUGAAGUUUAUGAACAAUAUGCUGAUAGCACAGAUUUCAACGCUCUUUUUGGCGAUGCUUUUAUCAAUGAUUUAGGAACAAUUCCUGACGACAACAAAUCGUGGAAAUCAAAAAGAUCGCGAGGUUCAUCGAAAAUCUUUGAUGAUUUAUUAUACGGAACACAUCGAACAAGAAAUCGAAGUGGAAGUGCAAGCGGUCGACGAUCUCGACUCAUCUCAAUGUCCGGAUUUUCGGGCGUUUCUGAUGUUUUUGAUGAUUUUUUCAAUAAUCAUGUGGAUUUAGAUGUUCAAGCCGAACAAUUGAUGCAUACUUUGAAUAAUAUGCCAUCUGAUGGAAGUAUUGAUCGACCAUUAUCUCCUGAAUUAGCACCAACGAUGCCUGCGCCUGUUGAAUUCUGUUCAAGUUGUGGAUUUGAGUGUCGAUUAUAUAAUGGGGUUUUGAGGUGAGUUGGGGGAAAAUUUUCAAUCGAGCCAGAUCCGAUUGGGCUAAUCUCAGGCUUGAGCUAAUUAAUUAGGCCUAGUUAAUUGAGGCCUAGCCAAUUAAUUGAGCCAAAUCAAUUAAGAUACAUCUUAGGCUUGGGUUAAUUAAUUAAACCUAAUCGAUUUAGGCUCAGCUUAGGCUGAGGCUUAAUUAAUUUUUUAGGCUGAGCUUAGGCUUAUCCAGCUAAUCAGACCUGAUUAAUUUAGGCUCUACUUAGGCUUAGGACUAGUUAAUUUAGGCUUUAGAAAAUUAAAAUAGAAAAAAGUCUUUAAAAAAGAUAGAAAAUUAUUUUCAGAUGUAAUCACUGCUCGAAAUACAAAGAAGCACCUCAAGCAACUUCUUCAACUGUUCGAGAUGGAGAUGACAGUAGAAAUAAAUUGAAUAUUCCACUCUCGCUCAACAUCAAGACUGAAUCAGUUAGCAGUGGAGAGAAAUUCAUAAAUAAUAUGUUGAUGGCAAGACCUGCGGAUAAAACACCUGAAAAAGGACUGAAAUCUGUGAAACAGGAAGCCUCAUCUCCAGCCAAGCAAAAACGGAGUAAUUUGGUGAUAAAUAUAAAGCAUGAGGAUUCGGAUGAUAGUUAUCGAAAAGAGCAGAAGAAAAAGAGAAAGGUGCAAUUAAUGAGUCCACGAUCUCCAAAUAUGAUAUCAAUUCCAUCGGAAACUGCAAAUAUUCCGACUGGAGGAGACACACUUUUGAGCGGUAGAACAAGUCGAGAUCGAAGUCGACCAAAACAUUAGUAAGUAUUGGUGUCGGGCGGUAGUUUGGCUUUUCAACACUAAUCAAGUGGUUACAGCAAAGUCGAAAAAACGCCGCCAAUUUCGGCGAGUGGACAUAGACAUUGUGUGAAUUGCAAUGGACAGGUUCGACCGCAAAUGUGUGGAGGAAAUCGACAUCGAUGGAGAUGUGUUGAUAAGAAGUGUCGGAAAUGGUAUGGUUGGGUGCGAUCGCAUGAGGAAAUACCGAAGAAUGUGGGAAGGAAAAAGGUUGGAGUCAAGCAACCGCAGAUUGCUGUUAAGCCGCAGAAGGUUAAGAAGAAAGGUGAGUUUUUAGAGGGGAAAGUGCAUCAGGCUUGUGAGGAAGCGGAAAGGAUCUCUAGGCUUGUUAGCUACUUGAAAACUAGAAUUAUUAGGAGCUGAUCCUGGACAAUUGAUAUUUCUAGGCAUGGCUCCUUGAGAACGAUGAUCUCUAGGCUUGGCUUCUUGGCAUGACUUCUCUGGAGUAGGCGCGGCUCCUUGCCAAAGUAAACCUACCUCUAGGCGCUGACCCUAGACAAUUGAUUUUUCUAGGCACGUCUUCUUGACACAUUUAAUUUAUAGUCGCUUCUACUUGAGAACUAGAUUUAUUAGGAGCUGAUUCUAGACAAUUGAUAUUGCUAUGCAUGGCUACUUAACAACUAGGAUUUGUAAGCGCGGCUACUUGACGUAGUAGCUUUUAAGCCGCCGAUCCUACAGAGUUUGGUUCUUUAAGCGUGACUACUUAAAAACCUGAUUUUCUCGGCUCCGCUACAGGACAACUAGGUUUUCUAGUCGUUGAUUCUGCAAAAUUCCGCGAUUUUUUGAUCAUUUUUUAUCUCAAAAAAGCUAAAAUUCAUGCUCUAAAAAAUUUAGGAUUUUUUGAAAAUUUCAAAAUAAGUUUUUUACCUGAAAAUCAGCUUCUGAAAUGAAAAAUCCGAGUUUUCCUCUCUAAAAUUGAGCAUAAAAUAUUAAAAUUCACUUUUACCUAAAAAUCAGCUUCUGAAAAUAAUUCUAGGCAAUCUUAAUCUAAAAAAAAACCCAUUUUCCCACCCCACAUUCUUUAUCCCAUGAUUUUCCAGAAGAACCAGAAGAAGAAAAUCCAUUAUUGAAGCGAAAAGUUGGACGACCUUCGAAAAAUGACAUUAAAAUUCGGCUGAAACUUCAAAAAGAGGUUUGUCUCCCCCCAAGUUUUUCAAUUGUAUUCAAAUCCUAAUCAUAUUAAUAAUAUUCUAGCAAGCAGCAGCUGCUCUUGUUGCACGUUCUGCUAUUCAACCACAAAUAUCAUCAUCAUCUGAUCCAAACGGAUUACAAAGAAGAAAAUAUACGAAAAGAAAAAUGAAGGAUGGAACAACGAUUAUGGGAACAAAUGGAGGAGGAGGAAAUAUGAAGAAGGAAUAUAGUCCGUUUGAAGAAGAUGUUAAGAAACGAUGUGGGUUGUCCUUUUGAGGGGAGAAGGGAGCAACUAGAGUCUAGUUUGAUUUUUAUUGAGUAGAUUUUUCGCUUUGAAAAUCAAUGAAAAAUGACUUCAGGAGCUAUAAACUGAAGUCUAGUUUGAUUUUCAAAUGUUAUUGUUAGAUUAGAGGUGUGAAACUAGAGUCUAGUUUAUAAAAUUCAGAAUUAGAUUUUAAACUUUUUUCAGCUGGGCUCAUUUUUGAAAAAAAAAAUUUUUGAAGUUAUACCUUUCCCCCCACUUUUUUUCAACGAUUUUUAGUGAAAUCUGAGAAUUUUGGCCAAAAUUAAGUUAGAAGCUGCUAGAAACUAGAGUCUAGUUUGAUUCUUUCAAAAUUUAAAAGACACUCUUUGUAAGACUGCAAAACCCACCGGACAAAGAAAAAGUCAUGAUCUCAGAAUCGGCCCAAUUUUUUUCUUAGUAAGCCCCAUGGGUGGGGAACUUUUUCCACCAGGUUAGAGAUCAUAAUAUCGUUUCGCCAAUUUGGUGGGACCGGGUGAAGGGGAACUCUGUUUUUCGAAAAUUUAUCGUAAGUAGGGUUAAAAUUCAUAAUUUUCAAUGAUUAAAAAAGCAUUUUGCUCGUCUUUUGACGCUCUUUCCGAUGGAAAAGAGUAUGAAUUUCGAUACUCAAUCCUAAAAAAAAUUUUUUUUUCGCCCUAUAUAAACAUUGCUCAGGAGUCAUUUCCGCUCUUUCUAACCGCUUCCAAAAUGUUCCUCGUGCCUUUUUACGUAGAUUUGACUACAUUCAAAAAAAAUUUUCGGGGUCCCUCAUCUUCAAAAAAUCACGUUUUUACGGUCUAUUCAUGUUUUUUGCGCGCGCACACACACAAAUUAGCAUAAAAUAAAUGAAUGUUUAUUGCCCGAGAGGUCCUGGUUCGAUUCCUCACCAAUGCAAAUGUUUUUAUUUUUUUUGUGCAUUAGAAAAUUACGAUAGAUAAAUCAAAAAAAAGUAUUACGCAAGAAAAAACAUUGACCUGGUCAAACCACAAUGACUGGAGUGAAGUUAUGUGAAUGCUAGAAGGUUCUGUGAAAUUUGGAACCCUUUGAGCAAAAAAUUGCACUUUUUACAUACGACUUAGUUUUUGUUUUUCAAGUUUUUAUACGCGUUUUCUUUAAAUACACCAUAAGAAGUUCAAGAUCGAACACAUUUCUGAGAACGAAUUUCUUUUGGACAGAAGUUUUAUGGAAAUGCUGGAAGCUGAAGUUGACAAUUUUGACAAUAUAUGUAUUGCCUCGAGGUUGGGCGCUGAAAACCCGAAAAAAAAGUGGAAGAUCAGUUUUAUGAAUAUACUAGAAGGGCUUCGCUGGCUAACGCCAUCUACAGUAGUUUGACUUACUUUUGAUUUAUUUUCCGGUUAGGUAAAGAGAAACAUUGAGAAAUGCCCAGAAAUUGUUCGCUUUUUUCAGAAAACAGAAAGAUCAGAUAAGAAACGUGUCCUUUAAUUUUUUUGGAAUAAAAACGUGAUCAUUCUUUUUUACAUGAAAAAAGUUUGGAUUUUUCACGUGAAAACUCGCGCAUUUUUUGAAAAAUCGAAUAUUAGCGCCUCGAUGGGAAAGAAUUUGGAAUAGAAUGGUGAAGGUCCCAUCAAAAAUGGUCUUCUGAAAAUUGAGAAAAGUCGAGCGACACAUUUUAAAAUCGAAAAAUACAUUGGAGUUUUCAAACUUUUGAUUCUCCGCGCACUCACAUACAUUUUGAGAAAGAAUGAAUAGGAUGCGCAUCGAGCUGCCAACAUUUAGAAACUUUUUCUUUUUUUGAUCAUCAAUUUUUAUGCGCACAGUUUUGAGAAUGGGACCUGGACACACUAUUGCCAAAAAAAAUUUCCCAAUUAGUAUAUAGUAGAAGUAGAUAGUAGAUACAAAAUCCUGAUGGAAGUCAUACGUUUGGAGAAGAAGAUUACUUCAAUUCAAGACAGAUAAUGUCAUAUUUUAGUAGAUUGAAAUCUCAAAGAGAGAAAACUAGAUCGUCUAGAAGUGUUCCAACGGAAACCGGAGAAGAAAACGAUGAUGAUGAUGAAGACAUGUAUUCUCAUGAUUUUGAAGUCAAAUAUGAGACAAUUUUCGAUCAACUUGAUAGCACAGUGAGAGAUAUAGUUAAUUGGUACAAGGAUGAAUUUUUUAUUGACGAAAAUGAGCCGGAAGCUAAAAAAAACCUAAAUAGGAUUCUUCAUAAAUUGGGCAGUAAUCUUUUCUGUGCCCCCUUUUUACUCUACCGCGUUCUCUGUUUUUCUACCCGUUUGUGUAAUCAUUUGAAUUAAAAAUCUUAAUUGAAAUUACAUACAUUUUCAGAUGACAUUAUAACCUAAAAUUUAAACUUAUUUCACAAUUUCCAGACAGAAAAUUUAAAAAAUAAAAACAUUCGCAUUGGUGAGGAAUCGAACCAGGACCUCUCGGGCAAUAAACAUCCAAUUAUUUUAUGGCAAUUUGUGCGCGCGCAAAAAACAUGAAUUGACCGUAAAAACGUGAUUUUUUGAAGAUGAGGGACCCCGAAAAAUUUUUUUAAAUAUAGUCAAAUCUACGUAAAAAGGCACGAGGAACAUUUUGGAAGCGGUUAGAAAGAGCGGAAAUGACUCCUGAGCAAUGUUUAUAUAGGGCGAAAAAAAAAAAUUUUUUAGGAUUGAGUAUCGAAAUUCAUACUCUUUUCCAUCGGAAAGAGCGUCAAAAGACGAGCAAAAUGCUUUUUUAAUCAUUGAAAAUUAUGAAUUUUAACCCUACUUACGAUAAAUUUUCGAAAAACAGAGUUCCCCUUCACCCGGUCCCACCAAAUUGGCGAAACGAUAUUAUGAUCUCCAACCUGGUGGAAAAAGUUCCCCACCCAUGGGGCUUACUAAGAAAAAAAAUUGGGCCGAUUCUGAGAUCAUGACUUUUUUGUCCGAGCCUCUGUUGUAAAGUUUACGUUUUUACAAAUAAUGUCUUUUAAAAUUGAAUUAAUAAUUUUGAAAAUUUCAAAAUACUGAAAAUUCAAUUUUCUAGUGGAAAUUUAAUCAGAAGGGAUUUAGGGGUCAUAAACUAGAGUCUAAUUUAUAUUUAUUUUAAAAAAAAUGAAUUUGAAAUGUUCAGCUUUUUCGCUUUGAAAAUCAAUGAAAGUGGCUUCAGGGGGUUAUAAACUAUAGUAUAGUUUGUUCUUUUUAAUUUUAUGAAAUUUUCAAUACUGAAAAGUCUCAAUUUAUUAAAUUCAGUUUUUCGAGUGGAAAUUUAAUCGGAGAUGAGUUCAGAGGUUAUAAACUAGAGUCUAGUUUGUUCUUUUUUUCUAAACUCAAAUUAAGUUUGAAAUGUUCAUCUAUUUUUAGCAAAAAAAAAAAACAGUAGACCUUCGAAAAAACUUUCAAUGUUUUUUUUAGAUUUUCUGAAAAUUCAGUUAUUUUUGGAAAGUUUGAUGAAAAUACAAAUUUUUGAAAUUCUGAAACUAAAAAGACUCGAAUAAAAAGUUUUCCAGAAUUAAAAAAAUCCCUUCUUCAAAUAUACGUUUUUUCCAGCCUGUUCCCCACUAAACGAAAAAGAAGCCAGCUAUCGACCGUGUGCAAUGGAAAAACGAGCCCGCUGGUGGACAGGCGAAAAACGACGAGUCGACGUGUCACCAGAACGAGAACUCGGCACAACUGCAGCCGACACUGCAGCCGCAUUCCGAAUGAUGGCACACGCCGUGCGCUCAGCUGCUGUCACUCGAGCCGAUGAAGUUGGAACUGUUAAUGGAUCACUUGAUCUUUUAAUGGAUACUUUGGUUGGAUCGAUGGCUCCACUUUUAUCACUUCUUCAAAAUGUUCCCGCCUUUCAAAUUGAUCCCGAACUCUCGCAACAAAUGUGGAAUUCAUCGGCUAUACAUAUCCCAACUUUUCAAUAA